GUCACUUUAACUGUCAAAUCAAGUUACUAAGCAAAAUAGUAUUUGAGGUUGUGUUGCCGCUUGAUUCCGCUGAAGAAUAUAACGAAAAUCUCGAAAUGUCCGCUAGAUACGAUCGUGCUAUUACUGUAUUUUCGCCUGAUGGCCAUUUGCUGCAAGUAGAAUACGCCCAGGAGGCGGUCAGGAAGGGUUCUACUGCGGUUGGUGUAAGAGGGGCCAAUGCUGUUGUUUUGGGUGUUGAGAAGAAGUCCGUAGCCAAGCUACAAGAAGAAAGAACAGUAAGAAAAAUCUGUUUAUUAGAUGAGCAUGUCGUAAUGGCGUUUGCUGGUUUAACAGCCGAUGCCAGAAUUCUAAUCAACAGAGCACAGAUUGAAUGUCAAUCCCACAAACUCACAGUUGAAGAUCCUGUGACUUUGGAAUACAUAACCAGGUAUAUAGCAGGUUUAAAGCAGAAAUACACCCAGAGUAACGGUCGCAGGCCUUUUGGUAUUUCUUGUUUAAUUGGUGGGUUUGAUUACGAUGGUAAACCUCACUUAUACCAAACUGAGCCUUCUGGUAUUUACUAUGAGUGGAGGGCAAAUGCUACAGGGCGUUCAGCUAAAACUGUAAGAGAGUUUUUGGAGAAAUAUUACACUGACAAUGAAGUUUCAACUGAGAGGGGUACAGUUAAAUUAGCGAUUCGUGCGUUAUUAGAGGUUGUACAAUCAGGGCAGAAAAAUUUGGAAAUUGCUGUAAUGAGACAUGGAGAACCCAUUGUAAUGCUGGAUAGUCAAACUAUUGAACAAUAUGUUACAGAAAUUGAGAAGGAAAAGGAAGAAGAGGCAGAAAAGAAAAAACAGAAGAAAUAAACAAUAAAACUUAAUUUUUAAUUCUAAUGUUAAUUUUCACAACUUAUUAAACUUUUUAAUAAAAUUAUAUUCCUAA